UUUACGUCUCGUCGUUGGGGCAAUGAUGGCGUCCCCUUUGCCAUGGGAAAGAACCCGUUAUCAAUUCUCUACCAACACUACCGCUUCUUGAUCAAUGGACCAGAUCUCAUAAAGAGAGGAUACGCCCAGUUCUCAGAUGGACUCGGACUCUUCGAGAUCCCUCGAACUUUUCGCCCCGGUCAAGUCAUAAUAUGCAAGCCCGAGCUGAUUGAAGAAUUGAAACACACCCGGAGCACGGUUGCAUCACCAGAACCAUGGAUCGAUCAAUUACUCCAGAUUUCACAUGUUAUGCCUGGGUAUUUUCCUAAAGGUGGUGGAUGGCCUGCCAUUGCGAAGACGACACCAGGUGUUAUCCGUGGAACUGUAUACAGGCAUUUAAAUCGAUAUGUGCCUUUCAUGAACGAGGCUAUUCUUUCCCAGUUCCAGAAAUUGGAAUGGCAAGAUGAUGAAUGUACUAUUGGCUGCUUUGACUUCGCAUAUUCACUGGUUGCGCGCAGUGGAAGUUUCGCUAUGGUUGGGGAGCGAUUAGCUCAAGAUGAAGAAUAUUUGAAGGCUGUGAAAGAUCAUAUAUUAGGGAUGAUCAUGACUACUCGAGUCCAGUUCCUGAUUCCUGACUGCUUGAAGUGGUACGUUGGUGGCUUCAUCAGCAGGCUGGCUACAAUAGGAACCAGUUGGAAUAUGCACGCCUCACGCAAAAUUCUAUUAAAGCACUUCGAUGCAAGAGCAGCUGAAUACAGCACAGCGAUGUCGACAAUUUCUUACGUGGAUCAUAAACAAGGCAAUUUUGAACCCUCGGAGAACCCAGUUGAGAUUUUCCGAUGGUUAUACGAGAGCUCCAUCCUUCGACAGCGCUGGACCUAUUCAGAGGUGAUUGGAGAAAUGCUACUUCUUCAAUUUGCAUUCAUCUAUACAACUGCUUAUGCUCUUUACGGCGCUCUAGCUGAGCUUUCUCGGAGACCCGAGUAUAUACCCGCCCUUCGUGAAGAAAUUGAAACCAUCAUUUCUGAAAUGGGAACUACACUCCCGGCGUGUGAUAAAAUGGUCUUACUAGACAGUUUCUUGAAAGAGUGUCAACGCCUGCAUCCUCCUGCAGCCGUCUCUGCUCACCGAGUGUGCGUGACAAGUUUACAAUUGUCGAAUGGCGUUGUUCUCAAGCCUGGAACACAUGUCGGUGUCCCAAGUGGCUGGAUCCAGCGGUCAAGUCCAUCAUACACCGACCCAGAGAUCUUCGAUGGAUUUCGAUUUGCGAAGCAUCGUGCAGCUGGAACCUCGAAUUCUAAAUUGGUCGACCUGAGUUCUGAUUACCUAGUCUUUGGGAUGGGCGUACAUGCUUGUCCCGGCCGAUGGAUGGCAAGCGCACUUUUAAAGAUGGUCUUUGCGCAUCUUAUCUUGCGCUUCGAUCUCUUGCCUGAUUCAGCAGAAAGAACUUUAACUGGGUCUUUGUCUUUUGAGGAGUUUUAUGUGCCUAAUUUUGGAUUGAAGGUGCGAUUGCAGCGUAGGGAUUUGGGGCCAUAA